CUAGAGCACGGCGGGAGACAGCGCCAUGCGCCGGAGAGGCAGCCGCAGCGCAGACAGUGCUACCUCGAUUCAUCAGAACCACGCUCCCGGGACCCCUGUACUCUCUAAGGUCCACAUGUGAGGGUGGGAGCGGUUACCGUCCCCCUCGGAGAAGACCAGAGGUUCCAACCGUGUGGACACAUCCGGGGCGGUGUGACACUCAACAUCUCUCCUGCAGAGGGGCCGGGAGGUGGCCACGUCGCUAGCACUGGCGGGCGGACCACAGGAGGAGCCGGGGCUCACGGUGGCCCAGGGUCUGUGGAGCGGGACGGGCAGCUCCCGGGACGAGCCAGCCCCCACCAUGGCUUCUAAGCAGGCCACGGGGCGGAGCCCAGGGGAGAAGCGCAAGAGGGUGGUGCUGACCCUGAAGGAGAAGAUUGACAUUUGCGCGCGCCUGGAGAAGGGGGAGAGCAGGAAGGUGCUGAUGCAGGAGUACAACGUGGGCAUGUCCACCCUGUACGACAUCAAGGCCCACAAGGCGCAGCUGCUGCGCUUCUUUGCCAACUCGGCGUCCAGCGCGGCGGCGGAGCAGCGGCGCACCCUGCACACGCCCAAGCUCGAGCACCUGGACCGCGCCCUGUACCAGUGGUUCCUGGGCAAGCGGGCGGAGGGCGUGCCCGUGUCGGGCCCCAUGCUCAUCGAGAAGGCCAAGGACUUCUACGAGCAGAUGCAGCUAACGGAGCCCUGCGUGUUCUCGGGCGGGUGGCUCUGGCGUUUUAAGGCCAGACACGGCAUCAAGAAGCUGGACGCGUCCGGCGAGAAACAGGCGGCCGACCACCGAGCUGCCGAGCAGUUCUGUGGCUUCUUCCGGAGCCUGACGGCCGAGCACGGCCUGUCCCCCGAGCAGGUGUACAACGCCGACGAGACCGGCCUUUUCUGGCGGUGCCUGCCCAGUCCCAGCCUGGAAGGUGGGGCGGUGCCUGGUGUCAGGCAGAGCAAGGACAGGCUGACCGUCCUCAUGUGUGCCAAUGCCACCGGCUCCCACAAGAUCAAGCCCCUGGUGGUCGGCAAGGGCGGCGGUCCCCGGGCUUUCGGGGGCAUCCAGCAGCUGCCCGUCGCCUACAAGGCCCAAGGGAACGCAUGGGUGGACAAGGAGAUUUUUUCUGACUGGUUCCAUCACAUCUUCGUCCCGUCAGUGAAGGAGCACUUCCGGGCCGCGGGUCUGCCCGAGGAUGGCAAAGCCAUUCUGCUGUUGGACAACGCCCGCGCCCGCCCGCGGGAGGCCGAGUUGGCCUCCGGCAACAUCUUCACUGUCUUCCUGCCCGCCAGCGUCACGUCGCUGCUACAGCCCAUGGACCAGGGCAUCCGGAGGGACUUCAUGAGGCACUUCGUUAACCCCCCCGUCCCGCUGCAGGCCUGCCACCCCCGCUACGGCAUGAACGACGCCGUCUUCAGCGUGGCCUGCGCCUGGAGCGCUGUGCCGGGCGACGUCUUCAGCCGGGCCUGGAGGAAGCUGUGGCCGGCGGUCAUGUUCGCCGAGGGCUCGUCUUCAGAGGAGGAGCCGGAGCGCCUCCCAGUGAAGCCUCACGACCAGACUUUUGCGCACAUUCUGGAGCUGGGGACGGAGGCCUUGGCCCGCCCCGGCAGCCGGCUUCCCCAGGCCGUGGCGGCCGAGCGGGGCAGGCCGGGACACGCGGUCGGAGAAGGCCCAGCCCUGGGCUCUGGGAGCCUGGAGCUCGCCAAGAAGGACGGCGACGAGGCAGCCUGGGAGCAGGCAGCCUUAUCCUUCGAUGCCGUGGUCCGCUUCGCCGAGGGGCAGCCCUGCUUCACGGCGCAGGAGGUGGGGCAGCUGCGCGCGCUGCGCUCCGUGUUCGCCAGGCAGAGGCAGGUGAAGUGGCGGCGCGGCGCCCUCAGGGCCGUGGUCAAACUCGAGGCCCCCCCGGAGGCCUGCACUCUGCCCUGCUCCUCUGCGGCCACCGAGCACUGACGUCCGCGGCCCUCGCCUGCGGGACAGAGCUUGUCUAGGAGGUUGCGGCGGCCGGGGUGCGCUCCCGGCCGCUCGGGGCGGCCCGUCCCCAUGCAUCUGCUUCAUCGCGGGCUUGCCGUGUUUUCUGUCCUGGCCCGUGAGUGUGAGCGGCCACUCCGGCUGGGUCGCCCACACCUGCAGCCGACUCAGCGUCCUGUGAAUGGAAGCGGGGGCCCAGCCGGGCAGAGUCUGGGCUCGUGUUCCCUGGCUGAGCCCUGCUGUGUGAGUGGGUGGAGCUGUCUGUCUGUCCAGGACGAGGAGAGCCAGGCCUCGGGCCAGCUGAUGCCAGGACCUGCAGCCCCUUGCGUGAGGCUGGCGUUGCCCUGGGCCCGCCCCCUCCUCCCGUUGGGCUCCGUUGCAGCUGCUUGUGGCUUGCAGGUGGCAGUUGUCCCGCCAGCCGCGAACUCACUUAACCAUGCCAGCCUCUUCUUGGAAGUUCCUCAGUGUUGCCAGGAGGCCUCAGCCCUGGGGUCUGGACUCCAGGAUGUGGGGCCACAUGUGGGGUUGGCAUGGCAGAGCCCCUUCCCCAACACAAGCAGGACUGUCCUCCCCACACCACCCCCCUCGGCCACCCGUUGCCCCAGGGAGCCCGUGGCGCACCACGGGCGUGUCUAGCAUCCUGGUGCCAAGUUCACUCUGAGGUCCUAUCCCCGUCCGUAGGAGGUCACGCUCACCGCCUGCCUAUCCCUGAAUUUCGCCGAGGCAUUCGAAAAUGAGUUUUAGGCCUCCGCGUGCCACCUGGCGUAGAAGGAGCUGAUUGGAUUUCCGGCCGCAUCUGAACCCUGCGUUCGCUGUUCGCGCCUCCGUACCCCGGCAGGGAGGAGCCGGCUGCACAGCUUGGUUGUCGGAAGAUCGUGCCUGCUGUGGCUCCCUGCCGGCUCCCCGCGGCCCGGACUGGCCCAGAGCCAGGACUGCCCGUGGCCCAGGACGGCAGCGCACCCUUCUGUUCACCGCUGCGCCCUCGGGUCCGGCCUCGCUGCCCGGCCACCUGCUGGUUCUCUUUCCCGCGCCUACUGGGGUGCCCGCCAGCAGCGAGGGAUGCGGCGUGUGGUUUGCAGGCGGCUCGUGGGCUGCGUGCCCGUCUUCACGCGUGCCAGCGACGCAGCCGCCGGUGGACGAGCUUCCUGCUCUGCGCCGGGCGAAGACCGCAGCUGAGCGAGGCUGUUCUCAGACGCCCUUCUCUCUGGGCCGGAUGGCCUCAGGGCCGUGCCGCCUCCACACCCUCCUUCCUGAGCCUGGAGUGACAUCCAUGCAGCACUGCCAUUGGCUGCCGCGGCCCACUGCGUCGUUGAACGGCAGGUGCUUGCAGUGAGGUGUCGGGAGUCCCUGCAGCCCCUGCCCUCGCCUCGGUGGCCGUGGGGGCAGCCCGGAGAGGUGGCCGGACGCCGAGGAGCUCUCCCCCGUAGCCUGGCGUGCUUCUUAAACAGGACUGUGCCGGCGGGUGCAGCUGGAGGGGCAGGAUGUGGGGGGGCUCCUGGAUACCCUGCGGAGGCUUUUUUCCAACAGGUUGUGGAUUCGUGACCCCGUACUGGCCGUUCUGUGGCCACUGAAUAAACGCUUGUCACCGAC